UCUGUUCAACGCCGCUACACAUGGAAAAAGAGAUCGCAGAUCGGAAGGCCACCGUCGACAAUGAAGUCCAAGAAAAAAACGACGGAGAAUCCGAAGAAAUUACCGAGAGAGAGAGUACAAGAAAGGAGGAAGAGCAUCCACUUCCGUUGAUGGCGCUCAAUCACGUCUCCAGAGUGUGCAGUAGCGUCAAGGAUUCCGUCGAUUUCUACACCAAGGUCCUAGGGUUUGUCCUGAUCGAGAGGCCGCAGAGCUUCGAUUUCGAAGGCGCUUGGUUGUUCAACUACGGCGUCGGGAUUCACUUGAUGCAAUCAGAGGACGAAGAUAAUGGAGUUCGUCAAGGCGAUAAGGACCAUCUGGAUCCGUUGGACAACCACAUCUCGUUUCAGUGCGAAGAUAUGGAAGCCAUGGAGGAGAGAUUGAAGGAAUUGGGAGUGAAAUACAUGAGGAGAACGUUGGACGAGGAGAAUGGCGAAUCGAUCGAACAGCUUUUCUUCAACGAUCCUGACGGAUUCAUGAUCGAGAUCUGCAACUGCGAGAAUCUGAAGGUGGUUCCGGCGGGUUCAUCCGGCAGGAUCAGGCUUCCGGCCGGUCGCCACAACCCUCCAUUGGAAUCGAAUGGACAAAAAUAGUUUGGACAUUUUGGAUUUAGAAUUAUGGAGAGAGAAGUUUCGGGAUAAUUAUAAAUUAGUUUUUUACUGUUUUUCU